CAGCUAUCUUGCCUUUCGGUAGGCUACAUGUAUGACACCAAAGCAUCCUGUGAAGAAAUCUGUCGUGAUAAAUAUUGGAAAGGAUUUUUGCGACGCUCUUUCAUCCCUCCGCCGAGCUGAGCUGAUUGACUUCCAAAGGACAAGGAAAUUAUUAUUACUGCACGUUUCAUUUCUACGGGAACCUGUUAAGUUAACGGAUCAACAUGCCCCGGUCAUUUCUGGUGAAAAACAAAAGAUGCACGUCAUAUAACGUGCACCGAUCGUAUGAAGAGGAGCCGAAGGCCCUCAGAAAUACAGAAGUCCCACCAGAGGUUGAGAGCACAGACUCCCCAGACAGGCCUCAGUCAGAAGGUCAGCUUUCCCCCCCAGACAGCUGCACAUUUAAAACCGAGGAGGCAAAGCUUGAAUGCCCCUUGCCUGUUCACCCAGAGCCAACCAGACCCACUGUGGCUCCCACACAGCCAUAUUACCUAACUGAACCUCCAAUGGCAGAAUUCCCUCCUUACUACAAGCCAACGUACGCCUGGGAGCCAGUGCCCUCCUCCCUCGAGCUUCGUCAGAUGAGUUUCAGCCCCACGGUGUUACAGCAUGCCAGCAAUCUCUACGGCACUCACAUCAGCCGCAGUCCACAGCGCCAGCAGCCUCUAGACUGCAGCACACAUUACUCCCCCACCUCCAACACCUACCACUGUAUCACCUGUGACAAGGUGUUCUCAACGCCCCACGGACUGGAGGUUCAUGUCAGGAGGUCGCACAGUGGAACGCGACCUUUUGGCUGCAGCAUCUGCAGAAAAACGUUCGGCCAUGCCGUCAGUCUAGAGCAACAUAUGAAUGUCCACUCUCAGGAAAAAAGCUUCGAGUGCAAGAUGUGUGGGAAGUCAUUUAAACGCUCCUCCACUCUCUCCACACACUUGCUCAUCCACUCGGACACGAGGCCUUACCCCUGCCAGUACUGCGGCAAGAGGUUCCACCAGAAGUCUGAUAUGAAGAAACACACGUACAUUCACACUGGUGAAAAACCCCACAAAUGCCAAGUGUGUGGCAAAGCGUUCAGCCAGAGCUCCAACCUGAUCACACACAGCAGGAAACACACGGGCUUCAAACCGUUUGGAUGUGAUGUUUGUUCUAAGGGCUUCCAGCGCAAGGUGGAUCUCCGCAGGCACCACGAGAGUCAGCACGGCAUGAAGUGAAGGACAACAACAUGUAUAGGAAAAUACUCCUAAACUUAACAGAAGCAAGUGUUUAUAAAUGUACUUUCUUUUUUAAAUUAAAAAAAUAAGCUAAUAUUCAUACUAUGUAGAUCUGGUAUAUUUUGGGUGGCCUUUACAGAUACAUGUACAAGAAUGAGGGAGUUGUGAAAUCAAAUUCAGUUCGAAGGAGAUUUAACUUCAGAAUAAUAUCUUCUGUAUGAAGAAAUCAAGUAAUUAAUUAAAAUAUGUUUACUUAAUAUAUUGGAAGUAAUUUCAAGAUGUGUUUACAUGUGGAUGAGUGGGAGAUGUGCUGUCACUUAGAUUUGAAAUAUGUUUUUUGGCUUUUGUUAUAAAAAAAAAUAAGAAGAGCGUUACUUUUAGUUUCCUUUAAUUUAUUUAAAAUGUGCUUGAGCGAUGUAGAUUGGAUAAAGCCUGUACAGUAUGUGAGGUGAUAAAUGUUUUCAGCUGAAAUAAA